AACGGAGGUCACAUCGCUCUCAGAAUCCCUAGGUGGGGUAGGUCCGGUCCCGGAGAUUGUGUUUCUAUAUAAGAAUCGGCGACGCUGUUGCUAGGAAAUGGAUCCUCCAGCCCCGAAGAAGAGAGGCCGAAAACCCAAGCCCAAGGACGACAAGAAAGAAGACCAAGGCAGCAGAAUGAAAGAGGCCAAGAAAUCUCAGCCACCCACCGUCGACGAGAAGUACACUCAGUGGAAGAGUCUCGUCCCCGUUCUCUACGACUGGCUCGCUAAUCAUAACCUCGUCUGGCCUUCUCUCUCCUGCCGGUGGGGCCCACAGCUUGAUGUUGCAACCUACAAGAAUCGCCAACGCCUUUACUUGUCUGAGCAGACUGAUGGCAGUGUUCCAAAUACUCUGGUUAUUGCAAAUUGUGAAGUUGUCAAACCGAGAGUUGCAGCUGCAGAGCAUAUAUCUCAGUUCAAUGAAGAAGCACGCUCACCAUUUGUAAAGAAGUACAAGACAAUCAUUCAUCCAGGAGAGGUGAACAGAAUCAGGGAGCUCCCACAGAAUGCCAAUAUAGUGGCCACUCAUACUGACAGUCCUGAUGUUCUUAUAUGGGAUGUUGAAGCACAACCGAACCGUCAUGCUGUCCUUGGAGCUACAAAUUCUCGCCCUGAUUUGAUUUUGACUGGACAUCAAGAUAAUGCGGAAUUCGCUCUUGCAAUGAGUCCCGCUGAACCCUAUGUGCUCUCUGGAGGGAAAGACAAGUUAGUAGUUUUGUGGAGUAUUCAGGACCAUAUAACAACAUCAGCCACUGACCCAUCGGCAGCCAAGUCGCCAGGUUCUGGUGGAUCAAUUAUUAAACAAGAUGGAAAUGAUAAAGCUGCUGAUGCCCCUACUGUGGGACCUCGAGGUGUCUACAAUGGACAUGAGGACACAGUUGAAGAUGUGGCUUUUUGUCCAUCCAGUGCACAGGAAUUUUGCAGUGUAGGUGAUGAUUCUUGCCUUAUAUUGUGGGAUGCACGUACAGGCUCUGGUCCGGUCGUCAAGGUUGAAAAGGCACAUGAUGCUGAUCUCCAUUGUGUUGAUUGGAACCCCCAUGAUGAUAACCUGAUUUUGACUGGGUCGGCAGAUAAUUCUGUUCACAUGUUUGAUCGCCGGAAUCUUACUUCUAAUGGAGUUGGAUCACCUAUCUUCAAAUUUGAGGGUCACAAAGCUGCUGUUCUUUGUGUUCAAUGGUCUCCACACAAGUCAUCUGUGUUUGGAAGCUCUGCAGAGGAUGGCCUCUUAAACAUUUGGGAUUAUGAUAAGGUAGGCAAACAGUCUGGGAGUGCAUCAGAAUCCCCCAGUUCUCCUGCUGGCUUGUUUUUCCAGCAUACUGGUCACAGGGACAAAGUUGUUGACUUCCAUUGGAAUGCAUCUGAUCCUUGGACUAUUGUUAGUGUGUCUGAUGAUUGUGAGACCACUGGUGGAGGAGGAACAUUGCAGAUUUGGCGCAUGAGUGAUUUACUCUAUAGGCCAGAAGAUGAAGUUUUGGCAGAGCUAGAGAAGUUCAAGGCCCAUGUGGUUGAAUGUGCUGCUAAAACUUGAUAGUUAGCUUUUGACUUGAACAAUCCCAUUAGGAAAAAAAAAAAAAGACUUGGACAGUUGUAGGGCUUGGAAACAAAUCUCAGUUGUAGAUUGUUACGUAGAUUAGCUCGACGUGGUUUCUUCGAAAGAUUGAGAAUUGUUGUAUCCUUUGACUGGCUUAUGGACCUCGUGAUGUUGAGAGACCCUUUGGUUUUUGACUUGUGAUUUAGAUUGAAGCUAAGAUUUUCGACUUUGCAGUUCCCAGUUUUUUUACAGGCAGGUGCAGUAAGGAAUUUAUUCAGCUGCAUUUAGUAGA